UGCGUCCUCAAGAUCACCGGGCUCAAGGUGCGCGCCGCCCUGCGCGCGCCGCUGCUCUGCUCGUGGGCCAGAGGUGGCGACCGCGAUCGCCCCAGCGAGUUCUCCGACGUCGUCGCCUCCAUCGCCGAGCGGUGGUCGCCUAGCGCCUUCUAUGAGAACCCUCAACUGGACCACUUCGACCAGUGGUUGUCGCGGUGCCUACCCUCCGUGAUCACGCAGCUUGACGCGAGAGACUUCGACUACCUCUUCACGCACGUGGGCGACGAUUCCUACGAGGCUCUGCGACAGCGCAUCGCGGAGGACGUCUGCAGGGCGUCGUGGUCGCGUUCGGCACAGCCGAGAGCAUCCACCGAGGCCUCGCUCCAAGACGAUGGCGUGGAUCCUGCUGCCCGCGCUGCUGAGCUCAACCGUCGGAGACUCCUUUACGAGCAGCUACGUGGUUGGCACCCGCGUCACCUUCAUGCACCACCCGAACUCACAGAGCUGCCUGAAAUGCUGUUCUCUUUCUUCAGCUACCUGUCUCUACUAGUCAAACACUUCAAACCCAUCUGCGUCUUCGAGCCGCGAAGUUGCUACGCUUCUUGGACUGGUUGCUUCAACGCCUGCGGCUUCUGCGUCUGCCACCGCUG